GUUACGUGUUGUGGGAGACCCCCACGGAGAGAUGUUUGGAAAGCUUGCCAAAAGCAACAACGAAUAAGCAACUCAUGUGACUUGGACGUCGAGAUCAUGUCAUUACCCCUUUCACUUUGCCAUAAUAGAAGGACAGCUCCGUUGUUGUAAGACUCGAAGUUGCAAACAAGUCUCUGUUUUGGACCCCAAACUUAUUUACACCAUUUGUUCUGUCGAGACUUCGGAGUCGAGCCAAUCAUCAUGAUCAUCACGCGGUCCCAGCCUACGGCUGACUCGCCAUCAACUGUUCGGCUCCAUUACCCCCAGGCAGAGGCAGCAACUCAGGUUGUCGACCCUGGCAAAGUUCUCGUGUCUUUCCUCGUCUCUCCGAUCAACCCACAAGACUUGUUGGUCAUUGCGGGUCGAUAUCCCGUGAAACCAUCUUACACCCACGAUGGCGAGCCGAUCUUAGGUUACGAUGGCGUCGCGCGAGUUGAGGCCGUAGGAGCCGAAUCCCCGUCCUCCACGACCCCGGCCUCAACGCUACGGCCCGGCGAUCUCGUCAUCCCGCGCCGCCAUGGUCUAGGAACUUGGCGAAGCCAGACUACUCUCAACUCUGUCGAUGUGAUCCGCCUUUCGCCUACCGAAGAUCUUGUUGGCGCAUCGCUCCUUCGGAUGGCUUUUUUGCCUGCCUACCUUCUCGUCGAGGACGUGAAAGCACUGAAGCCUGGCGACUGGAUUGUCCAAAACGUAGGAUCCGGGACUAUUGCGCGAUUGGUGUCUCAAUUUGCGCGCAUCAAGGGGGUCCAUACUAUCAGCAUCGUACGCGACCGCAGUCCGGACUCUUUGGAAGCCCUAAAGGCCGACUUGUUGAACGAGGGGGCUGAAGCUGUCCUUACCGAGUCUGACCUUCAAGCACGAGGUGCCGGUGCGCAUCCUGCUCUCGCCGACGCAGCGGGCCGCAACCGCGUGGCGCUAGCCAUCGAUGGCGUCUUCGGGAAUCCUGGAGAGCGACUCGCGUCUUUGCUUUCACAUGGAGGGACCUAUGUUAACUAUGGAUCUCUUGGCGGGGCGGAUGGGGUUGUGUGUCUUUCGCAGCGCCUCUUGUUCUGGUCUGAAAUCAAGUUCCGCAACUUUCGUCUUUCUGAGCAACUCAGUCAGCGGACGCCCGCGCAACUGGAGUCUCUCCUGCUUUGGUUUCAGCAUCUACUGGCCCAAGGUGCCCUGGUGACACCUAAUGUACAGGCAAUCCAAGUCCCGGUGUCGACUGAGGGAAGGAAUGACUUCGAGCAGAGCUUCAAUGCUGCCGUAUCUCUUGGUCCUGGAGAGGGCAUAGGAAACUUGAAGCGCGUGCUGAAGUUUACCCAUAGUUUGUAGAGAACUUGAACCAGGUGUACAAAUCGAC